CACCACCAACGCCUCUUCCUUGGAGAAAACCGGUAAGAAGCUUGGUUUUUUCCGUCCUUUUCUUGUUCAAGAACAAGAUUUAAGCUUGGAAACCUUUCCCCCCCUCUGCAGAAUUUCGGAUCUGCUCUGCUCUGUCUCUCCCGUCCAUCUGCUGCUCCUGCUUUGUGGGGGCAAAUUGCUCUGGUUUCUGGUAAGAAGCAGCCCAAAAUUCCUUUGUUUUUCCUUGAAUUGGCUUGGGUUACUCUAAGUUCCUCUUGUUCCUUCAAUUUUGGGUUAAUUCCGUGAGUCCCCCGUAGAAUUUUUCCUUCCAUGCCGCCGGCCUUGCUUGCUGGAUUUUGGUACUGUUCACGCACUAAUGGUCAACAAUAGGAGGGUUUAAAUGUGUAGUUAUACUGAGAAUGAAAUUAAGAUGUUUGGUCAUAUGGUUGAAUUUCGUGUGAAGCUCAUUGGUUAGUAAAUUUGCAAGGUUGUGCUAAUAAUUCUAGUAAGGUCUGAUUGUAUUUAUUUGGAAAAUUAGGUGCUGUUAUGGUUUAGAGCACUUGGAUUGAGUCUUCGGUUUUAUGCGACUGAGGAAGCGAAGUCAAGGACGGGGAAAAACGAGGGGAGUGACGAGUUAGAAGGCUAGCCAUCUUGCAAAUUGAACAUAGAUUUUAAAUAUAGAUUAUGAUCUUGUAAGCUAGAUUUUAAUUAGAGACUUUAUAAAUUCAUUUAAUGAAUUGUUAGUUUACAAGAGAUUUGACCUUGAGAUUUUGAGCCUAAGUCAUGUUGGACAUAGAAUUAUUUUGAAAUUUCUUAUUUAAGUUAUUGGAUUGUCAGAUGUGAAUUGGAUAAAUAGUGUUUAAGGAUGAAUUUGGUAGGUAGAUUCUAAGGUUCUCUCGCCACAUUGGUCACACCACUAGUUUAGUGGCUGAACUUAAGGCAAUCCAAGAUGGGAUGUCCAUUGCCUUAAGCAGGGGUUUUACCAAGCUUAUUCUUGAAAUUGAUUUAAAGAUUGCUAUGACUUUAAUUGGUAAAAGUAAUUGUGAUUAUUACUCAUUGGGUGCACUUGUUGCUAAUUGCAGGAUGUUGUUGGACCCCAUCCCUGAAUUGAAAUUCAAGCAUACAUAUAGGGAGGCUAAUGCCAUUGUGGAUCAUUUAGCUAAGAAGAGAGCCAAGUCUACUGAUCAUUUUGUUGUGUAUAACAACUAUACUACUGAUCUUGGCCAUAUUUUGUACUCAGUGAAGAUAAUCUCUUCCAGUAAAUGCCGAAGAACCGAAGAAUGGUAUCCUAGUGGCACCGUACGGCAGCCGUCCGACAUAAACUGAAUUACCGUUGCUUAUCUUCAUUCUCUUUCUACCGAAGUACUAAUUCUUCAAGGCCAACUUACACAGCUCGAGAGUGCUCAGGGGCUCUCUAGUCGCCUUUUGAGCUUGGUAGUCGUUCUUUACCUUUGUGUGUUGUUCGAUCGGUUUCUGUUUUGCUUAUUCCGUUCUUCCACCUUACCUUCUCCUUUUUUUUUUCCUUCUAGAUCUUUCCCUCUUUCUUUUCUUUUCCCCCGUUUCUUCCUUCUUUUCUUCCCUUUACUUUUCUUUACCCAUUUUCUCUCAGUUUCGUCCUUUCCUUUCUUUCCUUAAACUUUUAAUCUUGUUGUUUUAUGGUAGUCUAGUAAUAUCUCAGUUCCAUCUACUCUAAUUUCUUCCCCACAGCUUUCCCUUUGUCUCCUCUUGCCUUACUAUAGCAGUUUCUCCAAGUUUGCUUGUGAGACAUACCGAGAAGAAGAAGAAACGCAAAAUUCUUUUACUGUCUUGAGUUAAUGGGUGCUCAAGCCAGUAAAUCGUGAAAAUCAUA